GUUGGCGAAGCGUAAAUAAGACAUACUCAGCUUGUGCGGCAAUAUUGAGGACAAAUGGGCGUCUCCCAUCCAUUCCUUUUUGAUUAAUCUGUUGCUUCUCCCAGAGGAGAGACUACGCCGCAAUUUCGAGCUGCCUUAUGAGGUUUCCUUGUUAUCAAGUAUCUGCGCGUCAGUCUUGUUUGGUAUCUGAUUCAGCGACCUUGGGCUUGUAUCUUGCGUUAAUUGGCCCUACAGCCCUGGGUCCAAGCUCUCAUUGCCGUCGACAGAACUUGGUGGGCAUUGAAGAUCAUGAUUCGGGAUCUCCCUCACCCUGUCGGACGAUCUGCUUCCAGCCUUUCUAUAAGCCUACGGUUCUUCAACUGCGCCUCGAAGCGAGUACCGUGGUUUUACUACUCUCCUUCCUUAUAUCGACAUUUGUUCCUAAGCGCUGUUGACCGAGUGAUGCAAGAAUGAGACUUCUGGAAAGCUCACCUCCUCUUGGCAAAUGUACUUGACAAAAAUUCUUCGGUCUACGCACAAAUACUAGUGAAUUUUUUUUACGCGACCCUUUUGCGGCGCAGACAGUGGA